GGCAGGGAAGUUGCUGUGCUGACUGGCAGUACCCUCUCCAUGGACCUGAGCGUCUAUCGCUUCUCUUAACGAAACACUCAUCUACGACUUGUUCGAUGAUCUUACCAUCCCUCUUUCGAGCACCAAACCUUGCCCGCAAUGAGUGAUUUAUGUGACCUACCCCCGCCUUCAUACGAGCUCUCCCAGCAGGGCCAUGACCAGAAGAUUGUUGAGAAGAAACUCCAAGAACUGCUCUUAUCCAAAAUACCCAUCCAUGACGUCGAGGAAGAGCAUGACGGGGACGAUAGCAAAGAUUCUAAGGAAACAGAGACGCAGAAGGAGAAGCAACCUUUGUUCCAGACCUUAGUGCAACCGCUUCACAUACAGAAGCGUACACCUCGAGGAUCUCGCCCUCUUCCUCCGAGCCCAGCCGACGCCCAAUCCCGCAGCAAAGCAAUUGCUAUCCACCCAACCGGUCCUGUUGCGGAGGAAAUAGAGUAUCAGCCAGUUCUCUCUCCCCCUCCACCCUUCACCGCUGUAGGUCCUUCCUUCGAUGGACCUCCGUACGAAUACUCCAUGUACCAUGCCAGUGGCUCUGCGGCACCAUCGCCCCUAUCUACACCCAACCGUGCUUCCUUCAAUCCACCCACCGUUCGUCGUGGACAACAACGUCCCUUCUCAUCAUUUUCCCCCGCUGAGCCACACGCAGAGACAUCGUAUCGGCGCAUUUCUCAUGGUGCUUAUCUCGAGCCCUCAAGCUCGAGGACUUUUACGCCCCCAGCCUCCCGACUGAGUUUUGACCCAUCAAUUGCUUAUGCAACCUUGUCUAACGCCAUGUACGAUCCUUGGGAGCGUACAUCUGACUCGACGGCGGUCGACCCUACAUCGCUCUACUCCUCAGCGGUGUCAUCCUAUUUAAAUCCAACGUCAGCUGUCAAUCAAGGUCCGCGUUCCUCGUACAUUGGGGCCAAGUCUAAGAACCGAUAUUCGAUGUCCCCUCGACCUUCUUCGUCCGUUGAAAUGCUGACGCCUGGAGGCAGCCCGGGAGCGCCUGCCUUGCAAUUCCAUUCACCUUAUGCACCUGCUUAUUCAGCUUCUCAUCAGUCACUUCCUCCAUAUGCUCGACCGAAGUCAAGCCAAGGGGGUCAUGUUCGAUGGGCUACCUCCGAAUCUGAUUUUAUGAAAGAUAUUUACCCAUGAUCUACCAUAUCUUUUCGUUGUCAUUCACUAAAGUGUACUAUUACAAGGUCCCAUGCGUUCUGCUCGCUCAUUACUCUCAUUACGAUAUCUUACCUUGUACAUAGAUUCCCCAGAUGUAGCCCAAACAGCACAGCUCGAAAGUUGCCAUCACAACCUAUAACCUUUUCCUGUGACGCGGUGGGACCAGUUCUUGUCAUGCAACGCUCAAGUAGUCAGUCGACGACUUCGUCGGGCUCAGGCCGCGCAGCUCAAGCUGGAGCAUU